UCAAGUGCAGCAUUAAAUACAGCAAAUGUGACAAAACAUUUAUCUAACUUAUCAUUGGAGACGUCUAAAAAAGUUGCUGUUGCUACUACUACUACUACUCCCGAGUUUUUACCUGGAAGAGGUGUUUCAAAUAGUAAUAGCACAUCACCCAACAUCUUUAAUAAUUCUUAUCAUUCCCAGGAAAAUGUUGGGGGUACAACAUAUUUUUAUGUACAAAAUCCUGUUGUUGAUCCCGCUAUCACUGUUGUAGAUGGAAAUGAAAUUGUUGGCAACGUAGAACCUCCACCACUAGCUUAUAUUUAUCCAGGCACACCAUCUUACCUACAGUUAAUGAAAGUGUCAAAGCCUGCAUCUAACAAUGUAGAAUCCGUUACGCCACCGCCUCCACAGACACCAAGUUUCUUUGUUAAUGAAACUUUGCGGAUAGAAAUACUUCAAAAAAAUGCACUAACACUAGCUCAACCAGAUCAUAUACAAUAUCCAGACAUACCCGCUGAAGUUGAAAAUUAUCAUGAUUUGGUUCCAAUGGAGUUAAUGCAAAAACCUGUUUCAACAGUACUUGGCUACCAAUCAUCGACAUAUAAAGCUACAAAUAUUAAAAACGGAACAAAGUAUUGUCUACGACGUAUUCACGAAUUCAGCUUAACAAAUACGAAGUGUAUGGUACUCGUUGAUAUGUGGAAAAAAUUAGCACAUACAAAUCUUGUACAGUUAAGAGAGGUGUUUACUACAAAAGCAUUUGGUGAUCAUUCGAUAGUAUUUGUUUACGAUUAUCAUCCUGGCUCUGAGACAUUAUUAAAUAAACAUUUCUCUGCAACUGAACUAAAUGGCUAUACAGAUCCAUUUUCUUCUGAUCCAAAUGCUCCACGUCCAUACAGUCAUACAAAGAAUACAAUACUUAGACAGCAGCAUAAUAGCAUGCUUCCAGAGAGUAUAAUUUGGAGCUAUAUAAUUCAACUUACUGCAGCCCUUCGUGUGAUUCAUGCAGCUGGUCUAGCAUACAGGUGCUUAGAUCCUACCAAAGUUUUGUUGACUUCUCGUACGCGGCUGCGUAUAAGUUGUGCUGCGGUACCGGACGUCGUUACCUUCGAUGGUAACACCCCGAAUCCUUUAAGCCUGACUAUUGCGCUCGGAAAAUUGGUUCUCGCACUGGCCUGUCGCAGUCUUCUUGCAGUUCAUCGAGAUAAUAUGCAAGCAUCUCUUGAACUCGUUGCACGCUCUUACUCAACCGAUCUCCGGAAUCUCAUACUGUAUUUAUUAUCGAAUCAAGCACGAAGAAGUGUGACAGAUUUAAUGCCAAUGAUUGGUGCGCGUUUUUAUACCCAAUUGGAUGCGGCACAGUUUUGUUCGGACGUGCUUGAGAAUGAGCUAACGAAAGAACUUGAAAAUGGAAGGCUUUUUAGGCUAAUUGUCAAGCUGGCCACUAUUAAUGAACGACCUGAGCUUAAUCUUGAUUCACAAUGGUCAGAAACCGGAGAUCGUUACAUGCUCAAAUUGUUUAGGGAUUAUGUUUUCCAUCAAGUUACAGCUGAUGGAAAGCCUUGGUUAGAUUUAGCUCAUGUCGUAUCGUGUUUAAAUAAAUUAGAUGUUGGUGCACCAGACAAGAUCUGCUUAGUUUCACGAGACGAACAAAGCGUGCUUAUUGUUAGCUAUGCUGAAUUGCGACACUGCAUGGAAACUUCGUUCAACGAACUAGUACAAGCUAGUAAAGGCUUUGCUGCAGAAGCUGUCUAAAUCA